AAAUAAUUGCAGCAGAACCUUUGUACUUCUAGGAGGACAGACUAGAAGUUCUGAAACGACACAGAGGAAGCAGAUACGGUAGAUUACGAAUUUCAACAUCAUGAGCACUGCAGGGAAAGUCAUUAAGUGCAAAGCUGCGGUUGUCUGGGAAGUCAAAAAACCAUUUAGUAUUGUGGAAAUAGAAGUUGCCCCACCUAAGGCACAUGAAGUUCGUAUUAAGAUUUUGGCAUCUGGAGUCUGUCGCUCCGAUGACCAUGCGCUGAAUGGGGCAUUGCAGGUAAAAUUCCCCAUUAUUCUUGGUCACGAGGCAGCGGGUGUUGUGGAGAGCGUUGGAGAAGGGGUUACCUGUGUGAAACCAGGAGACAAAGUCAUCCCAUUCUUUGCCCCACAGUGUGGAGAAUGCAGCGCAUGCAAACAUCCCAGAGGCAAUCUGUGCAAAAUGUGCGACCUUGGCGGCUCUGGAUUAAUGCUCGAUGGCACCAGCAGGUUCACUUACAAAGGCCAGCAGAUCCACACCUUUGCCAGAACUAGCACCUUCUCAGAAUACACUGUGGUGCAUGAGUCUUCGGUGGUCAAAAUUGAUGCUGCAGCGCCUCCAGAAAAAGUGUGUCUGAUUGGCUGUGGGUUUUCUACUGGCUAUGGCGCUGCCAUCAACAGUGCAAAGGUGGAGCCUGGUUCAACCUGUGCCGUAUUUGGUCUGGGAGGAGUUGGCCUCUCAACUGUCAUGGGCUGCAAAGCAGCUGGAGCCACCCGAAUCAUUGGGGUCGACAUCAACAAGGAUAAAUUUACCAAGGCUAAAGAGAUGGGAGCUACAGAGUGUAUCAACCCUCUGGAUUUCAAGAAGCCCAUCAAUGAAGUGCUGUUUGACUUGACAGACGGUGAAGGUGUUGACUAUUCAUUUGAAGUGAUUGGGCGCACAGACACCAUGACUGCUGCCUUGGCUUCCUGCCACAUGAAUUAUGGGAUCAGCGUGAUUGUCGGAGUGCCCCCUUCAGCUUCUGAAAUUACCUUCUCUCCACAACUUAUCUUCACGGGGCGCACUUGGAAAGGAUCUAUAUUUGGAGGUUGGAAAAGCAAACAUGCUGUCCCCAAGCUGGUUUCAGAUUUCAUGGGAGGGAAGUUUGCUCUGGAUCCACUAAUUACCCACACUUUGCCUUUUGAUAAAAUCAACGAGGGCUUUGAAUUGCUGCAUUCAGGAAAAAGUAUUCGCAGUGUCCUGGUAUUCUAAACUCCAUGGUGAUGAGAAAGAAUACAAGACAAUGACCUUUGCAGGAUCAGAUUGCCACAUUGCCUAGUAGGACAUAUGUGAAAAUGUGAAAAUGAAUGGACUCUGCAAUGUCAUCACUGGCAAUGCUCAUUUAUCAACAUGUAGGUCUCUCCCAAGACCGUCACGUUUUUCCUCCAAAUGCAAUAGAAGAAAAUUACCAUAAACACAAUCUUACAUUGUGAUUCAAACUAUCAAUAUCCUGUAUAAUGAAGCAACAACACAAAUAAUUAUUAUCAUGUAUUUCAAAGGUAAGAGAGUAGUUUAGGCAGCUGUGUUGGAAUUCUGUGUUUGCAGAAAGUAUCAGCUGUUGCUGGACGAGCACCCAGUUCUAGCAUUACUAAAUAUUGGGCAACCUGGGGGCCCUCAGUUGCUUCAUUGGAAACUGGUAGCCCUCAGCAGCCUGAAUGGAAGUGGAAAAUUACUGGAAGAUGGGGGGCUUUUCAGUGAAAGGCUGGCUUGAUAAAAUACGGGUUAUAGCAUCCUUGUAGCAAUAGGUGUGUCAAAACAGAGUCACUAAAGGUGAUAUAUUUAAUGGAGUAGGAUAGCCCUUUCCUUCAUAUGCAAAUAGAGAUGUACACUUCAUUCAUUAACACAAAUUACAUUAGGGAAGAUGGAACGCUAUUUGAGAAAUACAUACGUGGAGAUCUCCUGAAAAUAGUGCAUGAACACACUCUUUGGACCAAAUACUUUUAUUUCUGUACGAUGAAUAGCAAAUGUGUGCUUUGUAUGUCCUGUUUUCUGGUUUCAUGCUUUACUUGGUGGAAAUGUCAACUU